GUUAUUGAAUUGAUAGUUUAAUUACUUCUACGAAAAUUGACCUUGGAAUAAGGUCUAUGCAAUUUUCUCAAUCUUAUCUUUUUUUUCGCUCUAAUUUAAAAAGUGACAGAGAGAAUUUGGAGAAGAACACGCGCCGACAAAUCAAUGUCACGUCUAUGUUAUAUCGAAGUCACGUAAGAAAAGUAUUUUUUAAAAAUAAUUAUAUAUAUAUCUUCUUUUAACCACCCCACCCCCCACCACCCAAAAAAAAACAUGUUUCUUCUUCAAUCCCCACACCCACUUCACCUCACUUGAAAUAAUCCAUCAUUGGAGUGUUCAGAACCACCAUUUGUUCGACGAAUGACUCAACGAAACAAAAAUAGUAACUUUCUUUCUAGGGCUAAGGGCUUGGAAAGUUGUUCGGUAUCUUUGUUGGUAGGAGGUAGCAGUACCUCAUGGGAUAGUCGAUCUAAGCACAAUCCGGCUCGGACACCAAUUGUUACUGAAACAAAAAAGGGUUUUACCCCAAGAAGGUGCUCCCAUGAUAGAGGGGGGUAGGAGGUACCUCGAAGGAUACUCGAGCUAGGAUGAUCUGCAGCUUGGUUUAAGUUUGCAAGAUUUGUUCAAAAAAGUGCUUAUAAGGGAUGUCGAGUGGGAGCUAUACACACUGGUGCCACAGAUGCAGGCAGCCAAUUCGACCUUUAGGAGGUAAUUGUCUUUGCCCAAAUUGUGGUGGAGGUUUCGUUGAAGAGCUCGAUGACAUGACAGGUUCUAGAUCAAAUAUUGAGGAUGAUCCUCAUUUUGGAUUGAUUGAUCCUUUUCCAGACCCAAGAUUUGGUAUAAUGGAUGCCCUUGCUGCGUUCAUGAGGCAGAGAAUGGCAGGAAGAAACCCUAACUUUGACAUAAGGACAAGAUCUGGCAUUGUUCCAGGAAGUGGGAGGGGCUUUGGUUCUGGUCCAUGGUUGAUAUUUCAUGGCCAAACUCCUGUUAGUAUGACCGAAAAUGAUGCAUUUGAGUACUUUUUCAAUGGAAGCCCAGGAAUGGGGCAGCGACGACCUAAUUUUGAUGAUUUGAUGGGGACUGGGCUGCAACAGUUAAUUGAGCAGCUCAGUAUGAAUGAUAGGCAGGGGCCUCCCCCGGCACCUCGUUCGGCAAUUGAUGCUUUGCCUACUGUCAGGAUCACACAAAGGCACCUCAACACUGAUUCUCAAUGCUCAGUUUGUCAAGAUAACUUUGAAUUGGGUUCUGAAGCAAGGCAAAUGCCAUGUAAGCAUCUUUACCAUUCAGAUUGUAUUGUACCUUGGUUGGUCAGGCACAACUCAUGCCCUGUCUGCCGUCUUGAGCUGCCUUCACGAGCUUCUGGGAGUGCCCCGACCAAUUGGACUUCCAGAACUGGAAACGUUAGCAGUGGCACCAACAACAGUGGUGGUAGGGACAACAGCGGUCAGAACCAAGGGAGGAGGAAUCUUUUUUCAUUCUUGUGGCCUUUUCGCUCGUCCAACCAAAACAGUGGCAAUUAUACUGAGAGGAGAGGAGGAAGUAGCUCAACAACACCCUAUGAAGAGAACAAUGAAGCAAAUUACCCUGCAUGGCGCUUUUAAUUAUUAAAAAGUUUCUUUCCAGCAUCUUGGAUUUUGCCUACUUUCAAGGUUCUGAAAUUAGUUUCAGGGGACGACAUCAUUCUUCCCUUCCCUUUGAUUCACUAUCUUUGUAGUCGAAUUAAUCCUCCAUGUGUCAAGACUUGGACUAUGGUAGUGCUCUUCAACAGCUUCUCUUUUCCAAGUAGUAUCGGACUAAGUUGCUCGGACUUUGCAAAAAUACUGUCACAUUUGUGUGUCGGAUCCUUCAAAGGUGGUACUCUUCUACGAAGACCACCAUUAGCAUAGUUUCAUCUCUUCUUUCUUUGUGUUGAGAGAGAGUUUUCACAAUUAUGACGUACUCAAUUAAGUUGUUAUUUAUAUUUCAAUCGAGACAGCUUCAUUCU